AUGGCUUCAUUCGAAGACUACGACGAGUUUGGCAACUAUAUUGGCGCAGACUUGGACUCUGACGAGGAGGAGGAAAUCCAACAAGAGGAGUUUUUACAGCAGCCAGCUGCCCCUACUGCCCCUCUAGAAGGCUACGAUGAUGUUGCAAUGGAGGAAGCGAACGAUAUGGCGCUUAUGGAAGUUGAUGAACCUUCACACAACGCUGUGAUUCUUCACGAGGAUAAACAGUACUAUCCUUCAGCAGAGGAGAUUUAUGGCCCGGGGGUGGAGACCCUUGUCCAGGAAGAGGACGCCCAACCGUUAACCGAGCCUAUCAUCGCCCCAAUAAAAGUGCGCAAAUGGACGGUGGAGGAGAAAGAUAUGCCAGAGACGCGGUUUGACAAAGGGUUUUUGUUGAACAUGACAGCGUUUCCCGAAAUGAUUCGAAAUGUCGCAGUAGUGGGCCAUCUCCAUCAUGGGAAAACAGCGCUUUUGGAUAUGCUUGUCUUCGAAACCCAUAAACUCAUUUGGGACGCGGAUGCCCCAACACGCUACACCGACACUCACAUCCUAUCUCGAGAACGCGCGAUAUCCAUAAAAUCCUCUCCUAUGUCCCUUAUCCUUUCCACUACCUCUGGAAAAUCACAUCUGGUGCACCUCAUCGACACACCUGGGCAUGUUAAUUUCGUUGAUGAAGUUGCUUGCGCCAUCCGUCUGGUAGACGGCAUUCUAUUAGUUGUUGAUGUUGUAGAGGGGCUUAUGGUCGGCACAGAAUCUGUACUCAGACAUGCUUUACAAGAGGGCGUGAAAAUCACUUUGGUCGUCAAUAAAAUUGACAGGCUUAUUCUUGAGUUGCGAAUCAAGCCCGCCGACGCGUACUACAAAAUCAAACACACCAUCGAGGAGAUAAACACUUUCAUAAGUGCAAUUGAUCCCGAUCCAGCAUUGAGGUUGAGUCCGGAAAACGGGAACGUUGCUUUCGCCAGUACUGACAUGAAUUGGUGUUUCACGCUCCGAUCCUUUGCGCAGAUGUACGCAGAUACUUACGGUUCUUUGGAUGUCGGCUCAUUCGCUGAUCGGUUAUGGGGAGAUAUCUAUUUUGUUGAAGACACACGCAAAUUUACCCGAAAACCAUCCGAUCCGGAACAUAGCAGAACAUUCGUCCACUUCAUUUUGGAUCCACUUUAUAAACUUUACAGCCAUGUACUCAGCGAAGAGACGGAGGACCUCAAGGAUACAUUGAAGGGUCUUGGUAUUCAACUCAAACCUGUCAUGUUCAAGAUGGAUGUCCGUCCUCUAUUGAAGGCCGUUCUGGACCAAUUUUUUGGCCCUGCGACGGGCCUUGUUGAUGUAAUUGUUGAAAACAUUCCUUCACCAGUCGAGGGUGCUUUGGACAAGGUGGAAGCGACCUACCUAGGCCCACAAACAUCUGACGUGGCUGCUUCAAUGAAAGCUUGCGAUGCAGAUGGUCCUGUUAUGGUACAUGUCGCUAAACUUUAUCACACCACGGACGCACAAUCGUUCAGAGCUUUCGGGCGAGUGAUGAGCGGCACUCUUCGCAAAGGGACGCCAAUCAAGGUCCUUGGAGAAGGUUACUCACCAGAAGACGAAGAGGAUAUGAUGACCGCAACCGUCGAAAAUCUUUGGAUCAGCGAAUCUCGCUAUUUCAUUCCAGCAGAUGAAAUCCCGGCGGGGAAUCUUGUCCUUAUUGGUGGUGUGGAUGCCUCUAUCUCCAAAACAGCGACUCUCGCAGGAGUCGGCAUUGAAGAAGAUCUGCACAUUUUCCGACCUAUCAAGCAUAUGACACAAUCCGUUCUCAAAAUCGCCAUUGAGCCCAUUGCUCCUUCGGAACUUCCGAAAAUGCUUGCCGGAUUGCGGAGCAUUAACAAAUCAUAUCCGCUUGUAUCCACGAAGGUCGAGGAAAGCGGAGAGCAUGUUGUGAUCGGUACUGGAGAGCUGUACCUGGACUGUGUGAUGCAUGAUUUGCGCAAGCUAUUCUCCGAGAUCGAGAUCAAGGUAUCUGAUCCGGUGACUAAAUUCUGCGAGACCGUACUGGAGACCAGUGCUCUGAAAUGUUAUGCAGACACACCGAACAAGAAAAAUAAAAUUACGAUGAUUGCAGAGCCGUUGGAGCGCGGCAUUGCUGAAGAUCUCGAACGUGGACGCGUCAACAUGAGGAUGACGGCGAAGGAGAGGGGAAAAUUCUUCGAGGAGAAGUAUCAGUGGGACUUACUUGCGUCACGGUCGAUAUGGGCCUUUGGUCCCGAUGAAAAUGGGCCUAAUAUUCUCUUGGAUGACACGCUGCCGUCUCAAAUCGACAAGAAGCUGCUGGGAACCGUUAAAGAACACAUUAAGCAAGGAUUCCAGUGGGGUGCACGAGAAGGUCCCUUAUGCGACGAACCAAUGCGAAAUGUCAAGUUCCGGCUCUUAGAUGCAAGCCUAGCCCAAGAACCAAUCUUCCGCGGAGGCGGACAGAUUGUGCCCACUGCCCGUCGUGUUUGCUAUUCUUCAUUCCUAAUGGCGACGCCAAGACUAAUGGAACCAGUCUACUAUGUUGAAGUCCAGGCACCUGCUGACUGUAUAUCGGCGGUAUACACGGUUCUGGCACGCCGUCGUGGACAUGUCACUCAAGAUAUCCCCAAAGCUGGAUCGCCGCUAUACACCGUCAAAGCCCUCAUCCCAGUAAUAGAUGCCAAUGGGUUCGAAACUGACCUCCGAACAGCAACGCAAGGACAAGCCUUUUGUCUGCAAGUGUUUGACCACUGGUCAAUUGUGCCAGGUGAUCCCACGGACACGAGUAUCAAACUUCGACCUCUGGAACCUGCUUCGGGACAAGCGCUAGCGAGAGACCUCGUGCUGAAGACACGUAGACGGAAAGGUUUGGGCGACCAGAUUGCCGUGUCAAAAUAUCUCGACGAUGAGUUUGUGUUGGCCCUGUCUGCUUCUGGUCAUGCUGAUCUGCUAGGUUAGAGUGUCGGCUUGUGUCGGCUUGAGUUGUCUCGAAAGAUGGUGGAUCUUGAUUGAUUUUCUGUUGCUAACUACGUACAACAAAAAUACCAUGCCAUUCUUUACUUUACUGACUC